AUGCUACGUAUCCCUGAACUUCGAGACGAGAAUGGUCGGGAUCUACUCAAUGACGACACAAGUUCCGACAAGAGCAGCCCCAAAGUCGAGACGGAGUGGAUGAGCGAUGCUAUCCGCGCAUUCGACCGUGUUUGGCAUGAUCCAGCGAGGAGAGAGCAGUCCAGAUGUUUCUACACUGGCAGCGGCGAAUCAAGCAGGACUGCUGUAUCUCAACGUAGACGGACCCUGGCCCCAGACAUCUAUCCUACUCCAUAUGGGACGGUAAUACUGGAGCAGUCUCAUCCAUACUGGCAUACAACGAAACAACCCUAUCAGCUUUCGCACAGCACGAUACCCCGAUUCUACAGUCUAGACUGUUUGAAAGAAAAGCUCCUCGGCCCGGAGAACUACAAGGAUUGGGCGGACCGGAUGAAGAAGAAUCUUGAGCGGUGCGGCGGAUUGUGGAUCACUGAUGCUGAUCCUGAGGUGUCGACGCACGGCAGCUUGAACCUGCAUCUUUGGAUGAUGGUUUUCAGCAAUGUGUCACAGUCUAUACAACGGGAACUGUGUGCUCUGGGGGAAUUGGAUGCACGGGAGACGUGGCAAUUUCUGGAGAGAACGUAUGGGAGAGAUGUUCCCAUGAAGGUGCGUUCGGUCAAGGCCUACGUGAUAUCAUAG